UCUGCUCCUUCGACUCCUUUGACCUCAGUAAGAGUGGAUAGUAAACUCUCUAAUUCUCUCGAUCUCAUACAUCGACCUAUUGUGCGAAGACCAGCAAUACGGUUGGACGGCAAUAUUGGAACAGUGGAAUCACGGUUUAUGGGUGUAUUGCGUAAAUGGUUGAGAUUUGAAGAUACAGAUUUUAUUAUUGAUGUGCCAACAGCAUUAUCAGCAAUAACUUCUUUACUCACCAACACCAAGUCGUGGUCCUGGAAGCUGUUCAUCCGAAAAUCAUGUAAAUGCCAGCUCUGGGCCAAAAUUCUUUCAGAUGCAUUUUCUAUGGCUGGGAUCUGUUUUGAGCCUAUCUGGGAAUUACAUCACUUUUUUCCUGUUAAUGCUGGCAAAGGAUCAGGAAGGUCAGAUUUUGCUACAGUAUUCAUCAGCGAGGAUAAGUGUCAAUAUGCCUUCUUUAUGUUGGAGUUUGAAGUUGAUGAAUUUGAGAUUCACAAAGAUCAUGCUGUAAUUCUGGCGGAGGCUGUAUUUGAAAUGAACCGGACUCUUUCUGCAGCAUGUAAUCCUUCUCCGAACGAAGUGACUGCCAUCAGGAUGCACAUCGCUCUAGCUAAUGAUACGUAUGUGAAGUUUGGAGCACUUCGACCGAUAUACAACAAGGAUCAAACAGCACUGGUAUAUGCAUAUGAUCAAAAUCAGUGCAUUUUUAACUUGCACACUGGAUGCAUCAAGCAGGACAUGAAAAAAUGCCUUGAAAUUGAUUGA